AUGAAGCUAUUGUGCAAUUUUUGUUUAAUUUUCUAAGCCCCAAAUCGUGUCAUGCUAACAUUAAAGGUAGUCUCACCAUGCUUACCUAAGCCUCGUGUUAUCAGUUGGUAUAACUGCAAAGUGAGUGCUGACCAUUUACUCCCUCACUUGAGGCAUACAGUGCUUAUACAGGUAGGGCAUGGAAUUCCACAGUUUGGAGAGUCGUAUCUAUGAGAACCCCUCUGAAGUUUGUAUUAGUCAUGGAAAAGCUACAUUUUUUGAGGCUACGAAAGUCAUGGAAUCUGAGUGUCAAUAUAGAGAAAGUCGUGUAAAAUGAUUAAAAACUAGUCUCCUGAAGAGAACAAGAGGAGCAAUGCCUUAAUGACUAUUUUCUAAUUAUUUUGAAACUAACUUCACAAUCGUAAGCAAGGAAAGCUCGUUGAGAGAUUUUGGAAGUCAUAAAACUUUAUUAACUGGAAAGAAGACAAACUCUAUUUGGGUAGAGGGUUGCUUGUCCUAAGAAUACAACUCUUAGAACCCAGGAAUGGACUAUAAAGCUUCUUAAAGAGUUUAUAGAAUAUCUUUUAUAACUACUCUAAAACAACUUAUACGAGCGAGAGGCAAGCAAAUCCAAUUCGCUCAUGAUGCGGAUCGAAUAAAGGAAUUUAGAGCAGACAAAAAAAACCGUAAACCGUCUUCCUUCAACGCAGCUGUGUCGAAAUUAAUAAUUUUCAAACGUGCAAUGUUUUUAUACUUUAACACAAAUAAAUUGAGAUAGACAGUAACUUAAAAAGGUGAAUUGUGUCCGAAUAAUUUUUGUCAGUUUGUAAGGAACAUAAGGCUGAGUUUCUAUCGUUGACAAUGUUUCCAACAUAAACAAGCCACCUUCUUCCUACAAGUUCCUGUCCUGGUUUGAAUCGAAGAAAUAUCAACCGACCCUAGAUAAUAACACAAACUUUCGAUUGAACGCGCGUUCCAGAAGCAAGUUGAGUCUCGGCAGAUCCGACUUCCAGAUGAUUGCGUUCAACUUCAGCAAUAUUCUCGAACGCCUGCUGGACUUUAAAAGGACUUCUUUUAUCCCCAAUUAAGUUCCUCCUCUUCUCUACUUCUCGUGUGCGAUGAAUAGCAAAGGCCGUGUCUUCAUAUCGUUGUUGAAUGUAUGCUUGAAGCUCUGAAGAAGUCCUCUUCUUGCUCAUACGACCGACCGCCAAGGACUGUGAAAGAUCUCAUUUACUUAUCCACCACAGACAAGCAUGAUAUGCUUAGAUACGUCAAAAUUUGAAAUUAAAGCGAUAUCUUUGAAAAAUUCUUUAUAACCGUAAAAGCUUUCGAGUGUAUUUUAAAAGGAAAAUGUUUACAUCCUCUAUUGAUUCACUACGCAGUAGCCAUGACAGUUGUUCCUCAGUGCUCAUUUCCAGACCCUUGGCAGUGUUGAGGGUAAACCUUGAUUGAGGUCACAUCCACAACAAACUCCGCAAGGAGAAAAUUUUAUUGAGGUAUGUAGACCUUUCUGGUCUUUUUUGUUUCUUCAGAAUAUUACUACCAGAAAAAUCACGUGAAAACAAAGGUAGUCCCAUGGGAUCCUCCGGAGGUAAGCGUAGGAUGCCUUUGCUUGUAUGUCAAUAUCGAGUUGAGGGGAACUGUGUCUUUAUCAUCAUUGACCAGAGAAUAGAUUUGAGAGCCACCAAAGAACAGACUGGUUUUCACUUUCCGUACACUGACAUUUUUCAGCUGACAUGGCGGACAUAAACAUCGCUGGUGUGGUAUCCAUUGUAGUGUUUUAUCUGUUAAUCCUUCUUGUUGGCUUGUGGGCGGCUCGCCGGCGGAAGGAAGGCGAAGAAGAAGCCAUGCUAGCCGGCAGAAGUAUUGGAAUAUUCGUGGGUACAUUCACUAUGACAGCGACGUGGGUGGGUGGAGGAUACAUCAAUGGUACUGCAGAAGUGGUGUUUGACUCUACACAAGGUCUUGUCUGGACGCAGGCUCCUUGGGGAUACGCUUUAAGUUUGGUUAUAGGUGGCUUGGCCUUUGCCAAAAUCAUGCGCAAAAAAGAGUACUUCACAAUGCUAGAUCCCUUCCAAGAAAAGUACGGUCCGCGCAUGGGCGGACUGUUGUACAUUCCUGCUCUGUUGGGUGAAAUAUUUUGGUCUGCAGCUAUACUGGCUGCUCUUGGAGCAACCAUCAGUGUAGUGAUCAGCCUGAAUGAAACUACUUCUGUCAUUGUGUCCGCGUGUAUCGCUAUUUUCUACACUCUGAUUGGUGGACUGUACUCUGUAGCUUACACAGAUGUCAUCCAGCUCAUCUGCAUCUUCGUAGGAUUGUGGCUUAGUAUUCCCUUCGCCAUGACACAUUCAGCAGUGAGCAGUAUUUCAGACACAUCCACUCAGUGGGUGGGUGAAUGGUCCAACACGUAUGUUGGAGUAUGGCUCGACUAUGCCCUAUUACUGACAUUUGGUGGUAUUCCAUGGCAAGUUUACUUUCAGCGAGUGCUGUCAUGUAAAACAGCCGCCAAGGCCCAGGGUCUUUCCUUCGCAGCUUCGUUUGGAUGUCUCUUAAUGGCUAUCCCAGCAGUUCUCAUUGGAGCGAUUGGUCGCUCUGCAGACUGGACCAGAACAGAUUUCUUCGAGCCGUCUGGUAAUGCUACCAAUCAGACGGCGGAGUUUAAAAAGUCACUAGUCCUUCCCAUGGUGCUUCAGUACCUCACACCAACAGCUGUUUCCUUUAUUGGUCUGGGUGCUGUGUCUGCCGCUGUCAUGUCUUCGGCAGACUCCAGUAUCCUGUCCGCCAGCUCCAUGUUUUCUCGAAACGUCUAUAAACUUAUCUUUAGACAAAAGGCCUCCGAGAAGGAAGUUGUGUGGGUGAUGCGUAUAGCCAUAUUUGGAGUUGGCGCGGCCGCUACAGCCAUGGCUCUAGCAGUGGGCUCUAUCUACUCCUUAUGGGCCUUGUGCAGUGACUUGGUGUAUGUGAUCCUAUUUCCGCAGCUAUGCUGUGUCAUCUAUUUUGAUGGCACCAACACCUACGGCUCCUUCAUGGGUUACGUACUGGGCAUGGUGCUGCGCAUUGGGGGAGGGGAAGAUAAAAUUGGUAUUCCACCGUUCAUAAAGUACCCGUAUUAUAAUGACUUGGAUGGCCAGCUGUUUCCUUUCCGUACCUUAGCUAUGGUCGUUUCAUUUGUUACAAUUGUUGUGGUGUCGUAUUUGCUGAAGUUUUUGUUUGAGAGAGAAAUUGUACCACUGAAGUUUGAUUUUCUUCGUUGCUUUAGGCGAUACGAUUUAGAAAAACAAACAGGUGCCGAGAAAUACGCCAUGGAGGAAAGCAGGGCGUAUUGACCUUUGAUCAUCUACGACAUUUUGAAAAUAUGAGUCUGUUGCAAGACUUCCAGACAUUUUAUUUUUGACCACUCGAUUCAACGGCCUGAAGCUAAUAAGUGAUCAAGUUUUCACAGAUCAAAACCCGUCAGUUACACCAAACCUACAGUGACAACGAAUCAAUGUUAAGAGCAGAACGAAAAUAAGUAACAAUUUUCGAGUGCCAGGAAAUAAGGAUAUUAAAAUCGUGGUAGGUUUUGAGUACUAUCCUAUAGAGUGAUCAGUAACGUGAGAUUUUUCUUCGGCUAAUCACAAACUUUUGUAUGAAUGUAACGAAAGCUUUACUGCCGAAUGUAAAAUGAAAUGAAAAUCUUCAGAAGUGUAACAACGUAAAUGUCAGUUUUUGGCUUCGAUACAAAAAGUCUUGCUAUGAACCGAGACGAUUUAGUGGUCGAUAAGAUUGGAAAUCAAACCUAUCUCUGAGGUAUGCGUGACAUAUGCUUCCUGCCCUCGGCGUGUUGACGUAAUCGUCACGUUGUGUUCUUUGACUGUGACCCUCCGUUGGUUCGGGUGUUUGGCAACACUGAAAUUGAAACUAGACACUUUUAACACAUUAUCUACAAAUAAAACGACUUUAUCAUUUGAAUAGUCACUCGGUAAUCCGCUUUUUUGGGGAUUAUUUUAUAAAACCUUAAUUGUACAGAUCGCAGACUUGUUAAUUCAAGUUUCAACUGUUUGUAACUUUAUUUGCCUUUGAUCGUGUAUUUACUUAUCGGUGUAUUAAAAUCAUUGUCAGUGACUCUUUGCAUUAAUGCAGGCUUGCUCUUUGUUUUGCUAGACGUUCAGAGAUUAGUGAUAGAGAAGUCUUUCGUGAUAGUCGGCUGUGGCGAAGGCCAGAUAAAUUAUGCCGGCAUCAUUUUGGGCAUAAUGUUGUAGUCAAAGCUUGAAGCAUAAUCUCGGCUUAAUGACAAAACUUCUAAACAAUUCUGUUGAUCUUACUGUUCAACAAGACAUAACUUCUGUAGUUUGAGUACUGUGAACGGUGAGCCUGCUUUUCUUGCUUGAAGUUUAGGAGUUUGAUCCAGUAAAUUGGUUUGUUCUGAA